AUGCAAGUGUGGCUGUUGCUGUUGGUGCUCUUCCUCCUUGCAAUCGGUGAUAACGUAUCUGCGCAAGGUCAACUUGGCACACGUCAAAACCAUGUCCCAUGGCGUGCUGGUCAUGCAGGAGCCUAUGUUGAUCCCUAUGUGAUUGUUUAUGGUGGCAACCAAGACAUUGAUGGUGAUCCCAACAGCAACCUGUCAGGCACAAAUGAUGUCUGGGUAUGGAACUCACAACAAGGUGCAUGGUACCAUCCCAAUGUGGCGGUGAGCAGUGGAAAUACCAUGCCAGGACAAGUCUUUUUUGCAGCUACGCAUGUUCCAAGCCCUGGUCAAAUGCUUGCCAUUGCUUCCAAUACGAGUGGUGGUGCAAGUAGCCUUCAAAAGCUUGACACCAAUAGUUGGAGUUGGAGCUUCCCAACAGCUAGCUUAUCUCCUCCUGGUCAUGCUUCCGGCUAUGCAAUGAGUCUUGUGAACAACUCGUUGUACUACUAUGGUGGUUUAUCUGUGGACAACAAUGGGCAUCCAAUCACCAAUGCAGUACUCAACUCGCUCUAUGUCAUGGAUGCCAAUGCAUAUACAUGGGCACCCGCUAGCAACGGCAUGCAAGUGACUGAUCACGCCAUGUGCUAUAUCCCACAUUGCAACUGCAUCAUCAGCUACGGUGGUUCAACAACCGGCUCCAAAUCAAAUCCCGUUUCGGAUGUAUUCACCUACACGCUUGGUCAGGGUACAUGGAAUCUUCAAGUGCAAGUCCAAAGUAGCAACAAUGCUGCCCCUGGUGCUCGUCGUUUACACACUGCCAAUUGCCUUGACGACCAAAUGAUCAUUUUUGGUGGUGGCACAGACCGACCUUUUGACACGGGUGUAUGGAUUUUAGAUGCAUCACAAUACCCACAGCUUCAAUGGCGUCAGGCUCCAAUGACAAAUCUUUCAAGUGGCCCAAAUGCACGCAUGGGUCACACCGCCGUUUUGGAUAAAGCUAAACAAAAGAUUUAUAUUUUUGGCGGAUGGGGCGUAGGUGCCACAAAUGACAGCGAUAUUUAUAUUCUCGACAUUCAAGCAUGGUCAUGGACGCGUGUUGCUCCUCAGGGAUUUGAUGCCGAAUCUACACCACCACCAACCAUUGCACCACCCGAUUCUAAUAAUGAUGGCGAUGAUCAUGGUGAAGCAUCAGGACAACAACAUGGCGAUAAUGAGAAGCAAACCAUCAUUGGUGCAGCAGUGGGUGGUGUAGUAGGGGGUGCCAUUGUGCUUGCCGCAUUGUGUUUCCUACUCUUACGACGAAGCAAACGACGUCAAAAACAAGAAAAGACUCUUUCUCCUGAAGAUGAGGACAUUGAGCAGCACCAUGAAAAGGGACAACAACAACAAGAAAAGGGUGGCCUCAUUUUGGAUGAAAAACGCAAUAGCAUGAAUGCAUUGAACAGCGUGGGCACCAAACACAUGAGCGUCAAUAGCAGCAUUAACAAUAGUGCUGCCAAUGUGCCAUCAUUGAUGACAGCUGAACAUCCAACAACAGCCACGACAACAUCCGAAGAAGGUGGCUCCAUGUCAUACAUGAUCAUUCCACCAGCACAAUCACCCAACGAAAUCAUUCUUCAAAAGCCCAAUGAAUUUACUCGACCCAUCACAGCAGCAAGAGGCAUUGGGGGUGGUGGUGGUGGUAGUAUUAAUAGUAGCACGUUAGCCUCUGCUGGUCUUGGAUCGCCUACUGUGCCUUAUGUUCAUUUCAGCCAUCCCACCAUCACGUCAUCUUCCUCAUCGUCUACGAUUCCACUCGCACAGCGUGUCAAUAUGGCAGCCAUCAAUUCACCCACGUCUACAACAACCAUUGAAAAAGAGAACCAACAUGAUCCUGAUGAUGAUGAUGAUGACAACAUUAGUCCGCUUGAACGAUUAGCACGAUUACAGUCAUUGCCAAUGCAAGUACCAGCGGAUCGGUAUACAUUAGAUGGCACGCCCCAUCACGUGGGACCCACAAACAAGAUUUGGUUUGGCACACUAGAGGGAGAUCCUGUGGCACUUAAGGUGUUUGGGCGUCGUGAAGCAUGGGAACGUGAAUGUCGUGCCCUUGUCAAACUACAAUCAGCAACGCAACAUGUUGUCGCUUUACAAGAAAUGCUCACCAUUGGCAACAAUAACAACAACCUGGAGUAUGUGGCUGUUUUGGAACGACUUGAAUCAGCAAGCUUAUCACGUGUCAUGAUAUGCGAUGUUGCUAAAGGACUUGCAGCAUGCCACUCUCGUGAUAUUGCUUUUUGUGAUCUUAAACCAAGCAACAUUAUGCAAAAAUAUCAGCAAGGAAAAUACGUGUUCAAGCUCAUUGAUUUCGAAGCGAGUCGUACCAUUGGCCAGGAAUGCGUGGGAUUGAUCACACCUCGUUAUUGUCCACCUGAAGUAGCCCGAGCCACGACCUAUGGUAUUGAAUCGCACGGUGUUGUAGCAUCAGCCAGUGUAGAUUUAUGGUCACUUGGAUGUAUCAUUUAUGAACUUGAGGCCAAUGAACCACUCUUCCCAGCUAACAUUACCGAUGACACCGUAUUACAUUUUAUUUCGCACCCAUCACCUCUUACACCGGGGCUGAUCAAUGGCAUACGAUGGAAUGAGCAAGUGGAAUUAGACAUCCCUGGCUUUGAGGAUCAUAUCCAUGACCCACAAACACGUGAUAUCAUCAAGACAUUGCUAAGCCGUGAUCCUGUUAAGCGAGGCACCAUUGGUCAUUGGAUGAAGCAUCAUCCCUAUUUCUCCAUUCAAGAGGUAGAAGACGAAGAUUGA